CAUUUCAAAUAGAGAAAAAAACAAAAUAGUCUUGUCAAUGUACAAGUAGAAUUUGCGUAAUCCACAUAAAUUUAAACUGACCACUAAUAUAUUGUACUGAUAAUCAUUUAGGAUACUCGCCAACUGGGAAACAGAACAUGUAGUGCUCAAGAUCCGUGUGAGAUCUGUGACGCAGAAAUGAAAUGAACUGAUAAUCAUUUGGGAUACUAUUAGUCGAUUAUACGUCAACUGGGAAAAAGAACAUGUACUGGUCAAUAUUUGUGACGAUGAAUAACGUACAUCGCCAGCUGGUAUUAAAUUUGAUCUGUUUGUCUUUUCUUGUAAAACUGUGUAGCACAUAUUCCUAUACUGAUGUAGACAUAUUAUAUAAAAAUCUAACAAGUGGAUACAAUAAACAAAUACGGCCAGUAAUUGACCAGUCCGAAAUUACGUAUAUAGAUACGUCUUUUAACCUUAUUACUGUCCAGGACAUCAGUGAAGUGCAGGGGACUGUAACGUUAUCUGGUUUCUUUAGAUUUUCGUGGAUAGACAAGAAUUUAGUAUGGAAUCCAGCAGACCAUAAUAACAUAUAUAGCAUGGACUUUCCGGAAAACAUUUUAUGGAAACCUCCCAUGGUUAAUGGUAACUCCGCAAAAAACAUAAAGAUUAUGACUGUGGAGAAUAUGAUGUUAUCGGUGCAGGAAGACGGACAAGUAUAUUAUUUCCCAGGAGAUAGUUUUACAUUUACAUGUGAUAUUGAUAGUUCAAAGUUUCCAUUCGAUACACAGAUAUGUACAAUGGAUCUAUUGACAUGGGGUUAUUCUAACAGUACGCUGGUGUUUAAUGACGGUCUCGUAGCUACUGAUCUGAUGGGUACUAACAGUGGAUGGGAACUAUUGAGUGCAACAAUUACCGGUAAUGUCUUUGGACAAUUAACUAUUCCGGGAGUCCAAGUCAAGUUCAAUUUUAAACGACGGUCUUACUUCUUUAUCAUGAAUCUUUUACUUCCGGUCAACUUUUUAGGAUUCCUCAAUAUCUUUGUUUUCAUUUUACCACAGGAAUCUGGAGAAAGGAUCGGGUUUUCAAUAACAGCUUUGUUAGCAGUGGUAGUUUUCAUUACUAUAGCUGAAGACAUCCUACCGGCAACUGCUACCCCCAAAUUAGCGGCUUUGUAUGAAUUACUCAUCCAAGAUAUGGCUUUAAGUGGUUGUAUUGUAAUUUCUGUUAUCAUAAGCUCGAGGAUAUACUAUAAGAAGGACCAGCAAGCCAUACCUGAAUGGAUUCGUAAGUGCGUGGAAUUUAAAUGCUGCUGCUGCAAACAGAAACAUCCUAACUUUAAUAGACAUUUAUCAGAACCAAAUUCUGUACAUGUAUUAAAACCAACAGAUAAAAGCAAGGUGGACUUACAAAAUGAUGAAAAUACCAACGAGCUAACUUGGGAGACAGUCAGUAAAUUCUGGGACACAGUUUCACUUUGUUUUUAUUUAUUGUGGUUUAUAGUAGGCAAUAUGAAAUUUUUCUUUGAUACGCUAUAAAAGCUUUAAGAAGUUAUAAAAACAUAUCUAUAAUAUGUAUUUAAAGACAUUUUUCCUUAAAGAAUUUUAGAGAAUUUUAAAGAUGUAGUUGCUUCUUCUAUUUUUGUACACAUACAUAUAACAGUUCGUUGAUACAUUUUGCAGAUUAACCUACUUAUUAGUUUGAAUGUUCCUUGGUAGCUUUCGCCUUUUCUUUUUAUAUUCGGUAUUAAAUAUUAUGUAUAGACACUUUAUUACACAGAAGGUCGUAUCCUUCACCUCUAUAUAACUGUCUCUUAUUUUGAUGGUUUCUUUUGAGUUAUUUGUGUUGCCAUCUUAUUGUCAAAUACCUUCCAUGUCCUUUUACUUAUAAACGUUUGUUUAUAAGUCAUAUUAAAGUUUUCAGAUAUUUUCUGCAUGUUAAUUUGAUAUAUAAAAAUUGAAAAUACACAGAGUUCCUUUACUUUGAUAAAAUUUUAAUUGAUAUCAUUCAUUUAUUAAAUUAAAAAAUGAUAUCCUUGUGCAAACGUUGAAAAUCGUUCUGUAGAAUCCUUUAUAUAUCUAAAAUUAUGAAAAAGUUCAGAAUUAAAUAAUGAAUAUACAUUUGUGUAGCAGUGACAUUAAAGAACAACAAGAUGUGGUAUGAUUACCAAUGAGACAGUUAUCGACGAUAGACAAAAUGACACAAACAAUAAGAACGAAGUCAUCGAACGGCCUUC